CCGACAUUCUGCUCACCUACUGCGCCCCGAUUUUUGGAAGAUUCGGCCCCGGAGAAAAGCGUUUGGCACCCCCUGAACUUCGCACUGACUUCUCUCACUCUCCUUCUUCUACUCGUUCUUGUGGCGCUAAAAUUCAAAAAAAUGCUGAAGAAACCCAAGACUGAAUAUCCCUUAUUAUCUAGUAAUUUCCCCUCUAUUUCUCACCCAUUUCGCAAUGUGAACCUUUAAUCGCAAAAUUUGAAAAUUUGAAUAAAUGUUAAUUGUUAAAUUUAACCAAAACUCGGUAAAGCGAAUGAUUAGGGGAUUUGACACACAAACACACACAAUCUUUUACUUUAAUCGAGAAACCGAACCUAGGAGAAAACUACGCGGAUGGUGGCUUAAAUUGUUUGGAAUGAAGAGGUGGAAAAGCAGAAUGAAUUUACUGUAUAUAUUUAGGGCUACCAAUUUGAUUGAUAUAUUUAGGGCGGAAUUUGUAUGAAAAAAAUUUUUAAAGAAAGAAAGCGAUGGAAAUUAAUGAAAAAAAAAUUUACGCCAAAAAUGAUAAAUUAAGUUAAUGUUUGGAAUUCGGGUGUGGCGAAAUUAUUUUAAAACCAGAUUAAAUUUGUUAUAUUAAUUACACCGUUAAAAAUAAUUGUUGCGCGAAAGAAAAAUUAGGGCUACCAAUUUGAUUGAUGGGGUAAAAUAAAAUUUUUGUGCAAGUAAGUCACACAUUUUUGUACAAUUUUGGCGGAACCGCCUGGGGCACCAUUUAAUGUUUGACUAAGCGCGACCGUUGGGCCUCGCGAGUUGGGCGAACCCAACCCGCGAGUCGCGGUCCGCUGCAC